UAAUUGCCAUUAAUAAAAAUUCCAUUAAUUAUUCAAAAAAAAUAAAAAAAAUGAAGAACUGUGUAUAAGAUUUUGAAGUAGAACACAACGAAGCUGACGGCACAACUUUAAUGGCUUCUUUGAGAUUACCAUUGCUCUCCUCACCUCUCUCUCAUCUUUCACCAUCAAUCCCAUUGCUACACGUGUCAUUUGCCCACCUCUCCGUUCACAUUCCGGCGCACCGUACUCGUCGGGUGCGACAAAACAAGUCUGAGAAACGAAGACCUUUGGGUAGAGCAGGGAAGGUGAGGUCGCAGCUUAAGUAUCCAAUUAUAGCUCCGGAUGACCAUUGGGGUACGUGGACCGCUCUCUUUGCAACUGGUGCUUUUGGUCUCUGGUCUGAGAAGACUAAGAUUGGUAGCAUGGUCAGUGCUGCUCUUGUGAGCACCUUGGUUGGACUUGGAGCAAGUAAUUUAGGCAUAAUUCCUUAUGAGGCACCUGCAUAUUCAGUUGUCAUGGAGUUCCUUUUACCAUUAACUAUUCCAUUGCUCUUGUUUAGAGCAGAUUUGCGUAAUGUCAUUCGCUCAACUGGGACAUUGCUCUUAGCUUUUUUGCUUGCAUCAGUUGCAACUAUAGUUGGAACCUUGGUGGCCUUUGCAUUGGUCCCUAUGCGAUCACUUGGUGCAGAUAAUUGGAAAAUAGCUGCUGCCCUGAUGGGUAGCUAUAUUGGAGGAUCUGUUAAUUAUGUUGCUAUUUCGGAGGCCCUUGGUGUCACUCCAUCAGUUUUGACUGCAGGAGUAGCAGCAGAUAAUGUUAUUUGUGCAGUUUAUUUUAUAGUGUUGUUUGCACUUGCCUCUAAAAUACCACCCGAGGCUUCAAAAACCACAAAUGAUUCUACAAUGAAAUCGGAAUCUGAUAAUGGUGAUAAGAUUCCAGUGUUGCAAACUGGUGUAGCUGUUGCUACUUCUUUUCUCAUAUGCAAGGCUGGAACAUAUCUCACAAAGUUAACAGGUAUUCAAGGAGGUAGCCUUCCAGGAAUAACUGCCAUUGCUGUCAUUUUAGCCACUGUUCUACCAAAAUAUUUUGGUCACAUUGCACCUGCUGGUGAUGUUAUUGCUAUCAUUUUAAUGCAGGUAUUUUUUGCUGCUAUUGGUGCAAGUGGGAGCAUAUGGAAUGUGAUCAACACUGCCCCUGGUAUUUUCAUGUUUGCUUUGGUUCAAGUAACAGUCCAUUUGGUGGUUGUGUUGGGCCUGGGAAAGCUUUUUGGUUUGGACCUUAAACUAUUACUUUUGGCAUCGAAUGCCAACAUUGGUGGCCCGACCACUGCAUGUGGAAUGGCCACAGCUAAAGGAUGGUGGUCUUUGGUUGUCCCUUCAAUCCUCGCAGGCAUUUUUGGUAUUUCCAUUGCAACGUUUCUUGGCAUUGGUUUUGGAAUGAUGGUUCUAAAACACAUGUAGAAAUUAAUCAACAGCUUGUAAUCCUUAGUUAAUUGAUUUUCUAAGUCUUAAUUAGUAUAUGCUAUAUAUGGUAUAUAAAUUUUCUUCUUUGUAAUAGGUUAUAACGUUUGCUAGUACUAGAAGAAUAUAUUUAGAUUAGAAAAUAGUUUAGUUCAUAUGUUGUUGUACUACUAUCUACAAUGUCAGAAGUUUUAUGUACUGUAUGUACUACACACAAACGGAUUAAUUAUCCAUAUAUAGUCAAAUGCACUUGCAUUAUCCCCUGAAA